CAGCCGGCCCGCCAUGGCCCGCGCGGGGGCCUCCUCCUCCUCUCCGCCGCCGCUGGCCCCCGCGCUGCCCCUGACCCAGGAGGCGGCCGAGGAGGAGGAGGAGGAGGAGGAGGAGCCGCCCCCGCGCCGGGCCCUGGUGCCCCGCUCCUCCCCGGUGCCCCGGCCCCAGCACCCGCCCGCCCCCGGCGCCGGCAGCAGCUCCUCCGACGAGGAGGCCGAGGAGGGGCGUCGGCAGCCCCCCGCCGCGCCCGGGCCCCCCUCAGGCCCGCCCGGGCCGCCUCCCCGCCAGGAUGGCCAAGGGCCGCCCUCCCAGAAUGCUCCGGGGCAACCAGAGGCCUCCUCCAGCUGUGCUGGGGGGGCCACGGCGGCGGGGGAGGCUCCCCAGCAGGGCGCCGGGCGCCACGUCCUGUUCGCCGACGCCCUGGGCCUGCCCUUGGCCCGCUGGCGGCGCUACCAGCCUUGGCCGCCGCCCUCGCCGGAGUCCCCCCCUGAGGUGGCAGUGCCCGCCUUGGCUGUGCUGCCGCCCCCCUCAGCGCCUGCCCCGUACCUGCUGCCCUCCUUUGUGUUGUCGCCCAUGGGGCAAGGCGAGGAUGAGAAGCUGGAACGGCUGCGCCAGGCCAAGGUGGAGCUGGAGGAGGUGUUGCCCCCAGAGCCGGGGGAGCCGCGGGUGCUGCGCGGCACCGUGCGGGUGCUCAACGUCUCCUACCACAAGGCGGUUCAUGUGCGGGCCAGCCGAGACCGGUGGCAGAGUCACCGGGAUUACCCAGCCCUCUACAUCCCUGGCGGGUCUCCUGACGGGGGCCUGACCGACCGCUUUGCUUUCCGCCUGGACUUUGGGGAUGAGGAUGAGGAAGAUGAAGAGGAAGGAGGAGCCCGGCUGGAUUUUGUGGUGCGCUACCAGACCGAUGAGGGUGUCUAUUGGGCCAACAACCAGGGCAAGAAUUACAGCGUGGUGCUCAAGGGGGCUGCCCCUUCCCUGGGUCAGCCCAAGAGGCCUGGCAAAGAAGGAGAAUCACGCAGGCUCAAGAGCUGUAUGAGGCCAAUCAAAAUCAGGUCAACUGAGAACGAGCUGCGGGUCGAAGAUACAGCACAAUCCAUCUGUCUUGAAGAAGGGAACGCUGAAAAGGAUCUGACGAAUGAGCCCCCCAGUUCCCCUGCACUUCCGUCGCCUCUUCCUAUGACGCAGAUUCCAGAGCUCACAAUCACCACCAACUCACCGGAAAAGAAGGAGCAUUGGAAAGACCAUCCCGUGAACUUCACUGACUCCCCACAUUCUCUUGCUUUGAAGGUCCAUCCUGCAUCCCACGAGGAACUGAAAGUGCCCUGGGGCUUGGCACUGGGGACAGAAACCCAUCCUUUGGGUCAGUGGGAUGUGCCAGAGUUCAACAAAUGCGACCUCACCACCGAGGGCUCUUUCUUGGAGGAGUGCAUGGAGGAACAGUUGAGGAAGUACCAAGAGAUGCCCCAUCGCUUGGAGGAAGACGCCAUAGACCGAGAGCUGGAACAGCUUUACUUGUCGCACUUGAGCCGGCUCCGAGCAGAGGAGCUUGGAGGGAGAGGCGACUGGGCGGAGGAUUGCUCAGAGAGCCCCAACAAUCCUGCACCGUCUCUCCUCACCUUGCGGCAGAGUGUCCUGUCCGACCGUGAUCUGAUAGUCAACUGGGCAGGCCCUGAGAGAGCGCUGAACAGCUCUUUAGCAGAGGAGAUCACUUUGCACUACGCCAGGCAGCGGGGCGAUGACUGCAGAGACAGUGAGGAGGAGGGGUCCGCACCUGGCUAUGCAACCUUGGCACCCCCUGAGCUGGUGGGGCCGGGCCGUGAGAGCCCACCUGUUCUGCUAGAAGGCUGCUUUCUAAACCAUCUGGAAGAGGGGAGCGCCCGGAGGAGCCCUGCCAAGGACGCUGACUCCUUUGUCAGCUUGAGAGCGGUAUUGCCCAAUGUUCUGCGGCCUGCAGUUCAGGAGGCCACGGUGAUGCCCUUGGUGGUCCCUGCCCGGACUCUGACGCCCCUCCCAAAGCUUCCCACAGACCUGCUGUCCAGCCCUCUCGGUGCUCCUGGGCAGAGCAAGACUCGAGGCUUCUGGAUAGGGCAAGGCAGCCUCUGGCUGGGCGAGGGGAACCACAUCCACAAGGCUCAUGAAACCCAUCCCAACUCUCACAGUGAACUUGAAAGGAUCCUGACGCGCUCCCUGCGGUUCUUCAGCCUCUUUGUCUUCCUGCCUGUGGUCUUCAGCAGCUGCAUGCCCUUGGUGGCCGUAACCCUUUACUUCCUCCUGGAUUGGUUCUCGUAGUUGGGCGUCUGGUGCCAUGAGAGGGCCGCGAGAGGACCUUCUGUGGCUUGGCUCCAUCUCUGUUUCUUCUGAACCACCUUGGUUUGAAGAAGGGAGAGGGACAGAGGAUGUCAGUUGAGAGGUCAGGGCACGUCUUGAGUUACGGCUGUUCCAGAUUUUCCAAAGUUCAGUGCGCUUUUCUUGAAGUCUAGCAAAGGCAUCGGGUAGAAGAGGUAAAUGAUUGUAUUAUUUAUGGCCCUCCAUGAGGAAGAGAUCAAAGCUGGUUUUGGAGGAUGGCAAGAUCCAGCCUUGAUAAUCACCAGGGCUCCCCCUUCCCCCUCCACUUCUCCAUUCUUACUUUACAGAGGGCAGUCAAGGUCAGCGGCAGCACAAGAGAAUAGUCAGAUGUUUAUGUUCUUCUUCUUAAGCGUUUAGGGGACUCACUUGCUAAAGGCCCCUCAAACCCUACUGCUUGCCCGCUCUAUGUAAAACAAUACCCACUUUUGUUUGUUUCAUAGGAAGCAUUUAUAACAGAAAACAGCAUUUAUAACAGAAUCUGCCCUGAGCCCACUUGGUUGGGGAGGGCGGACUAUAAAUCUAAGUAAUUAAAUAAAUAAAUAAUUAAAUAAAUAAAUAAAUAAACAACACUCCCCUCCCCUUCCAAGAAUGAAAAACCUUCCUGGUCGGAUUUAGCUGACUUUAAUAUAAUAUUUUCAACUUUCCCCUUUCUGGUGUUUGGCUUUCAAAGUUUCCUAUCCUAAGCACCCUUAACUGAGAGUAAAUGAUUAAUUUAGUGAGUAGAGAGUAUACAGUGAAAAUUUGGACCCUGAUUAAAAAUAUAGUGUACAGGUAUAUAUAUACUUAAAUUAUGCAGAGUAAGUACCUUUCGGCAUCUCACAAAGUACAAAGAGGGGAAAAUGAAUAUAUUAUUUAAAAAACGGGGACGAUACUAAAGUCUAAAAACAAUAACGGGUAAUCUAGUUUAAAAUUCCAAUAUAAGAGCUUUGGGAGGGGGGGUGCUUUUUUUUUUAAACAAGUGGAAGCAAACUAGCAGUUGGAGGUCUGGCCAGGUGGUCCCAUGAGGUCCUGGCUCUGCCAUCUGGAGACAGAAAGGAUUGGUGAAAAGAGCAGGAACAGCAAGCUAUGCUGGUUUUAUUACUAUUAUUAUUUACAAAAUUUAUAUCCCACUUUUCUGCCCUUGUAAGGGCCACCAAGGAGGCCCGUUCUGCCCUUUCUUAAGGAUUUGGGGUGAGUAAGAACAGUUUAAAAAUAAAUAAAACAAACAUAGUAAAAAAAUUAAAUUAAUCCAUGCUCGCUUCAUCUAGGGCUGCAUCCACAUGAUGCAGGAUAUUGUGCUGUUGCUGCACGAGAGCACUCACUAAUAACUGGAGUUUCCCUUUGCAGACGAGACAGUAGAGUUGCAAAUACCAGCUUAUGUGCGACAAUGGUGAAAUAUCCUUUUGAUGCGUGGAUGCAUCCCUGAGACAUAGUGGAAGUUUGAAGCCCUUUCCCACAAAGUAGAGAGGCUCAGACAUAGACAAAUCAGUCCACAGGGCAGCUGCUGUGAGCUACCAGUUUUAUCAUCUGCUUUUAUGAGAAAAUAACAGGAAAAAAUUAUAGAUGUGUAUGCAUGUGUGUGUGCACACACUCCAGAAAAGGCUUCGUUAUUUUUAUUCCUAAAAGUCACAAUUUUUUUUUUUAAUGUCAUAGAGCAUAAUCUAGCAGGACCCCACACUAAGCAAGCUCUACUGAAAUGAACGGUGCUCCUGUUUUCCACAGUCAAAUUCAUUUCCCUGGGAUUUGUGCAGAAAUGCAUCCUCUUGAACUGCAUCCUCAGUUCCCAUCAUUUCACGUUGUUCUAAUAAAACUCGCAGGCAGGAAAAUGCUUUCUGUUGCAAAGAGAAUUUCAGCCAUUCUGCCCAUCACACUCCUGCCAAACAGCCAUUAUCAUUCCAGACUGCCUCUGAAGUGAUGAAGACGAGUUCCAUUCAUGCCCCGUGCUUGAGCCACAUCUUGCUUCUGGGACCCUUUGGACGGCUGACUGCGCCUCUGCUCGAAGGGCUCCUUUGUGCUCACGGAUACACCCCAUGUUUUUCUGCCCACCAGCAGGGUCCAUCAGAAAGGACCACAGGAAAGCUCCCCCAAAUAGAUGGCCCCGUAUUUAUUUUUGUACCUGAUGGGAAGGCCUGACCUUUCCCAACCAUAGAACUCACCCCCAAAUAGAUUUUAUUUAUUAACCACUAGCAGUGCAAACCUGGAGUGGUGGGUUUGCAGGAGGUGAAAAUAAUUUAUUGUUGUAUAUAUGCGUAUUUGUCUGCAGAAAGACAGUAGCUUGGAAACGUCAAGUCUUCACGUGCAAUAGGCUGGACUGGCAUUGGACAUGCUGUGAAAAGACAGCACCCCCAACACCUUUUGUGCUGCUAAACAUGCUUCGUUUUUUCCCUCUUGAAUGUGUGUGCUGUCAGCAGCUGCUGUGAUAUCGUUUGUGGGGCCUUCUGGAGGAAGAGAGAAGUAUUCUGUGUGGAUUCUGAUGUCCCUUUGCUCUGCUGAUCCAAACUUAGAAUGUAGGUGGAGGUGGAAGGUUCUUCAUGCUUCGUAAAUAGAUAUGUCAGAGUCCAGACCGGAUCUCAUGGUAACGAACUCUCUGUUCACCAAACAGAAGCUGAGAUCAGAAUGUAACUGGCAGUCACAGCUGUGUGUAUGCGUGUGUGCUUGUGUGUUCAUGCAUUUGUUGAUUUGUUCCAUGAUUAUAAGGUCUUUGUCUUUCCACUGCUGUUUUCCCUUCUGUCUUUGUCCACUUGUCUGAUAGCUCACCGUUGACCUAGUAGUGCGAAUGUCUGAAAGCGACUGUUCCACCGUGCCGCAGACUUGGCCAGCCCAUCCUCCUGGCUCCGCGUCCCGUCAGGCUUCCACACGUUCACAGCAGCACUGGACAGAACCAGGCAACCUGGCCGUAAGGCAAAGUGCGUUGGCUGCCGCAAGCGGGAGGUCUUGUCUGCACGGGCUGGUUGCCGUGACGUGGAGCUGCCCAUGAGCACUUCUCAUGAUCUCAUUCAUUGCAACUUGUGGUUUGUGUAGAGAAACAUCGAAGUGGGCCGUGCCUCCUAUUAAUGAGCAGGGGGAAAGAGGAGCUGUUUGAAUUUUUCUGUAUCUUUUUCCACCUUGGGCCAUCAUCAAGUGGAAACGAAACUUAGGUCUCACGUUCGUGUCAGGGGUGCUUGGGCUCGCAGACUGAUUUCCCCCGAGGUUUAAACUCUCGCUGGGCUGUUCUCCUUCAGAGUGCAGGGGUAGGUCACCUGCCUGAACAUUCUUGUGUGCCACGAAGGCUAGAACUCUCCUCCUUGGCAGCUGUCUUUGUGUUUUUUUUAAAUGAGAGCCCCACCCUGCCGUCUGUUGGGGUGCACGUGUUUACCCCCACACUGUGAACGAGGCCUAGAUGCUGUCUGGCCCUUUGCUAACCAUGUCACAGAAGUCCAUGAUUUCCCCUUCCGUGAACAGCAAUAAUCAUAACUGACCUAGCAGGCACUGUUGGGAUAAUAAACUUUGCCAUUUGUGUACCAGGUUAGUCUGUUCUUAGGGCCCCCCUUGCCUGCCAUGUGUGAGGAAGCGCCAAGUGGCAUUAACCACUACAGGAGGCCAUCCAGUGAGUAGAGAUGAACUUCCGCCUCCUCGCUGCAGCUGGUGCCAUGCUGCCUUUUGCUUCCCCUGCUACAGGAAAGGCCGUCUCAACAUACCUGACUCCUCCUCAGAGGGCCAAGCGAGAAGCGACGAACUGCACUUGAAUGGCAAGUGAACAGACUCGCGUGUAUUCCUCCCUGUUGACUUUCAUUCCACUACAUGAUCGAGUGGAGUGCAAGUGGAGCGCAAGUCAAUAGGGAGGAAUACAUGCGAGUCUGUUCACUUGCCAUUCAAGUGCAGUUCGUCGCUUCUCGCUUGGCCCAUAAGCCCUGAGCUCUCCACACUGGAAAGCCAGAUCUCUUCACCCUUGACAUAAGCUUUAGGAUGCCAAGUCAGUUGUGUGCGUAAGUUGCCGUACACUUGUGUGGUAGGUCAGUUGUUCCCCAGGUUUUCUUUAGUUGCCAGGCCUGAGUGAAAACUGAUGCGGUGAGGUAGGUGAAUGCGAGAGUUACAGAGUCACUGGUUCAAAUGUCUGUUCAGUCACGAACUAUACUUUCAACCCCAUUCUUCCCCAUCACGAAAGUCAUUCCCACCUAUCCAAGAGGCUUCUUCCAAGGAUUGUUGACCUGAAGAAAUGUAUCCUGCUAUUCCAUUCAGCCAGGUUAGAAGCCUUGAAGCCCUUCCCCUUUAGACCAGGCAAAGGCACCAGGCGUGGCUGAAUGGGUAGAAUUAUACAAGUUCAUGAAGCAUUUUAUUUAUUUAUUUAUUUAUUUCAAAUUUGUAUUCCGCCUUCCCCACAAGCGGGCUCAGGGUGGAUACCAACCAACAUAUUAAAAAUACAAUUAAAAUACAAUAAAAAAUUCACAUUAAUUAAAAACAACACAUUUAAAACAAGAUGGUGGACAGCCUUCACAGGGAGGGUUUUAUACACCCCUUUUUUCCAGGCUGGCGGAUACUAAGUCCUGCCGGGCCCUGAUUUCAGCAGACAGAGCGUUCCACCAGGUGGGAGCCAGGACCGAAAAGGCCCUGGCUCUAGUCGAGGCUAGAGCACAAAGGCAGUGCUGUGUGAGCACCAAAGCUCCCAUCCAGCUGCGUCAGUCUCCCUUAAAUUCCAGGGAGAGAAAUGGAGUUGCUCCUGAAUUGGAUCAGGGUCGAAGGAUAGCAAAACGGCAGGAGCACCAAGUGUGUGUCGUGAAGCCUGCAGCUCAAAUUUCUCUUGAGCCGCCGUCCAUCCCUCUGGCCAGCCUAGGGGGUUGCUUUAAGAAUUACUGGAAUAGUGUACGAGGAAUGCUUUGGAUACUCAAAAUCAUUCUUAGAUCACUUUUUCACAGGCUAGCUCUAAAAAAAGUGCACACUGAAUUGAAUUAAUUUGACUUCUUAGAAAAGGCUCAUGGUAUGUAUCUGUACUCACCAGCAGCGUGAGCUCUUAUGGUCAGGGGGUGAUAUACGUCAUCACUUUUAUGGCACUUUUAAAAAAAAUGUCUCUGCUGGCUACUUCCCCUGGUAUUGAGGUGUCAGUCACUCUCAAGUGCAAACCAAAUGUGCCCUCAAAAUGCAGCAUUUACACCUUGUGGCAUCUGUGCUAGCAGUUGGUGAUUAUACUGUCCAUAGCAGUGGUUUGUAAUGAGUGGAUUCAGCCCCUGGAGUGGGGGGGGGGGAAUGGCUGCCUGGAUUGACUCUGGCGCCAGGUCUAUGUGAUCCCUUCCUGUGUUAGUCUACAGCUGCCAAAGUGACAAAGAGCCUUGUGGCAUCUUAAAGAUGAGUAAGUGUUGGGGUAGAAGAAAGAGAAGCAGUCCUCACAGGUGUUCUCAAGCCUUUGGACUUACAGAGUUCAUACUAAAGACCCAUGAAAUGGAGCCCUGGUUUACCUGGAUGAAAAAACGCACUUUUCCUCCUCACCUUUGAGGUGACGGGGUUGCUUCGAUUUGGAGUGAGAUUUCCAGCCUCACAACCUCAGGGGCUAUUUUUCCACCAAGGAAUGUUUGCAGUGGGAGCAGAUCUGAAAAUCAACAGUUUGGGGAAUAUCUUAUUCUUCUAUCAUGUCUCUGAUGCCCUUUGUCAGUAACCAGACCAAGAGGGCUGAGGCUGGAACAUGUGGCGUGUGUGUGUGUGUGUAUCACCUGAGCUGUGCCUGCAUUGGAAACACUAAUAAAAACAUCCU